CUUGUUAGCCAGUGUGCUAGCAACAUACAUGUGGACGGUACAGCGGGAGGGUGCAUAGCCCGGACUCAGCUAUAAAUUUCCAUUUGGAUUGUAAAAUACUGACGACAUUAUUCGUAUAUCAAACAAUAAGUAACUUCUGUUCAACAUGAAAGGUAGCCGGAUCGAGCUGGGAGAUGUUACGCCACACAACAUUAAGCAGCUGAAGCGUCUCAACCAAGUCAUCUUCCCCGUCAGCUACAAUGACAAAUUCUACAAGGAUGUCUUGGAGGUCGGGGAGCUUGCCAAGCUAGCGUACUUCAAUGACAUCGCUGUGGGUGCCGUGUGCUGUAGAGUAGACCACUCUCAGAACCAGAAGAGACUGUACAUCAUGACGCUCGGUUGCCUAGCACCCUACCGCAGACUCGGCAUUGGAACGAAGAUGCUGAACCAUGUGCUGAACAUCUGCGAGAAGGAUGGUACAUUUGACAACAUCUACCUUCAUGUGCAGAUAAGCAACGAGUCUGCAAUCGACUUCUAUCAAAAGUUUGGGUUUGAGAUCAUCGAGACGAAAAAGAACUAUUACAAGAGGAUAGAACCAGCAGACGCCCAUGUUCUUCAGAAGAGCCUGCGCAGCCCAUGUGCGCCCCCUGCAGGAGAGCUGCAGAAGGCAGAGUAAGGGGGCGGAGCAAUUAUAGUCACAGUGGUGUUGCCCCGCCCCCCCAAACAGAACUCUGACAGAUGCCCCAGGGUUGACAAAUUCACCACUUUCUUCAACGGACGUUAAAAUGAGAAAAAAAGUUCAAGAAACCGUUGCUGCAUUUUAUUUUGCAAAAAAAAA